AUGACACUCCAACCACCAGCGCCAGUUGACUGUGCGCUGGAAACCAUUGGCAACACACCAGUUGUGCGACUGCGGCGCGUCGUUCCGGACGGCUGCGCCGACAUUUUUGUUAAGUUGGAGUCCUUCAACCCCACGGGAUGCUACAAGGACCGUAUGGCAAAGUCGAUGAUCGAAGAGGCAGAAAAAAGGGGAGACCUGAAGCCCGGCAUGACCGUUGUAGAGGCGACGGGAGGCAGUACUGGGUCGUCUUUGUCUCUAGUGUGCGCGGUGAAAGGAUAUACCUUCCUCGUCGCUACAUCUGACGCCUUCUCUUUUGAGAAACGACGGACCAUGACUACCUUUGGGGCUACUCUCCACAUAACGCCCAGCGAGGGAGGAAAAGUUACGCCGGACCUGAUCCCCACCAUGAUGAAGUAUGCCGAGGCAGCUACUCAAGAAGAAUCCCACUAUUUUACGAACCAAUUCUAUAAUGGCGAUUCCAUUGUGGGUUAUGAGGAUAUCGGACAUGAACUUGUUAAGCAACUUCCGGACGGUAUCGACGCAUUUUGCGGGUCUAUCGGAACAGGAGGGAUGGUAAUGGGCGUUUCGCGCGUUCUGAAGUCAAAAGGAUUCAAAACAAGAAUUGUUGUCCUCGAACCCGCCUCGGCACCGCUUAUCACUCAAGGCGUUAAAGGCCCCCAUAGCGUCGAGGGGAUUGGGAUUGGCUUCAUCCCGGGGCAUUUGGAACAGCAUUUAUACGACGAGGCUCGGGCGAUUGAAGAAGGUGAAGCCCGUGUAAUGUGCCGUCGGCUGGCGAGGGAAGAAGGUCUGCUUGUUGGAACAUCGAGUGGGCUUAAUGUCGUCGCAGCAAUUCAGCUAGCAAAGGAAUUGGGCCCAGGCAAGACAGUUGUAACUGUUGCCUCGGACACGGGUUUGAAAUACCUAAAUGGCACGCUUUUCGCCGAUAGCUAG